AUGGAGCAACGCGGUACUGCCGUAGGUCGGGCAGCUGCUUUAGGAGGAAAGAGAGUGGUUGGACCUGGAGGUCCAAACCAGACUGGAGGGGUCACUCUGCCUUCCCCAUUCUCAAACUCGGGUGAGCCAGACCUCACAGAGGAUGCAGAGGAGGCCCUGCUGUUGCGCUUGCUCAAGCGUAAAGCAGCUAGGAAACAGACUGGGAGGAAGCGGAAGACGGGUUCACUGAAGAAGUUACAAAGGCAAACCGCAAACGAACCUCUUAGGACCUCGCCCCAUGGCACCGCCGCUGAACCCGAGCCGAUGACUGAGACGGAAGCCGCUGAUGCACCUGGCACCGUAACCAUAGCUGGCCUGCACGGUCAACUCGUAACUUUUCCUGCAGACUCGGAAGCUUUGCGCGGUGGUUUCCAUCACUCGCAAGUGGAGGAAGGCGACGAUGGAGGCGUUGAGGCAGGCGGCGAGGAGGGCCAUGCGGAAAGCGAGGAAGAUGACGACCACGAAGGCGAGGAACAAGAGGACGGUGAAGAUGCCGCAGGCGAUGAGAAUCAACAGCAGCCACAUUUCGAGCCAGUUCUCCCCGCUGCGCACGCUGGAGCAGCAGUUGGUAACGGGGCUGCGCCGUUUCCCGAUGCGCAUCAUGCCGCCAUCAACCGACGACUUGAAGCCGAGCUGGAGGACCUGCGCAACACCUUGGCGGUGAUGCAGUACAAUCAAACGACCCAGCAGCAGAUCGAAAAGGAGAGGGAUGAGCAGCGUCAAGAGGUUUUGGCGCUUCGGGAUGAGAUUCAGGCGUUUCGAUCCGGAACGCACGCAAUAGAUGGACCUGAUGACGUGGACGACCCCCGAAUCAACAUGGACAGGCUGCCGAAGGUGGACGGGAAAAUCCACAUUCCCAGCAGCUUGUCCGACGACGAGGCGUUCGCGAAAAACGCGCUCGCCGUGUACGUCGGGAUGAUUACUGCUGGGCCGGCAAAGUCGAUGCAGUUCUACCCCGAUUGGCCAGACCUGGUUUCUUUGAUGGUGCGGAGGUAUGUGCGGCUGGGUGUUUGCAAGGACCUGUAUUACUUCGUGGCAGGAGGUGACAAGCUGAAGGAGGACGAGGCAAUGGAUAAGAUUGUCAACAAGCGGCAAACUAUGAACAAGACUAUGAAACUUUAUGGCUGCGGCGCUGGAGGUGGCGUGGCGAAGGAAAGGUGGCACGAGCUGGAGCAGAUCGGCCUGAGGCCGACCGAGUUUAGAGAUCCAGUCGUCUGGACGGCUUACUUCAAGGACGGUGAGUCUUUGAGUGUUUGUUAA